UCGCCUCGCGCCUCCACGCCCGCCGUCAUCCUGAGCGAGUGGGAGCGACGCUCGCCUGCCGACCGCGCGCGUGCCCUGCGUGCCUGCCCUGCCACAGCGCGCCCAUACGACGUGCGUCGUCUCCACCCUCUCCACUGUUUCUAGCCCAAGUCCGGCUCGCGACCCACGCCGAACUGCGAACAAACGCUGUCGCCGUCGUCCGCUCCACACUUGCACCUCGCACCGCUCACGACUUCCCCAGACUCGGCCUCCUCGAAUGCGCCUUCCAGAACAGCCAGGUGCCAUAGCCAGGAAGCCACCGAGCACAGCAUCGGCAGCAGCGCCCAGGACCAGGCCGCUCCGAGGCCCUCGCCCGCUUAGCACUCCGCUGCCAGGCUUGGUACGCACCCUCCGCCGCGAGCAACCGCCUUGUCGACCACCGCGGCCAAGUGCAAUCACCCGCGCCCUCUUCGAUUGACCAGCCGGCCGCCGUCCGCGGGCCACUCCCACGCAAUGCCUCUCCGGUCGCGCCUGCGUCGCGCCUUCACCCGCGGCGCCCACGACGACCCCCAGGUCGUAAAGGGCAAGAAGUCCAAGAACUACGACCCCAAUGUCUACCAGCCCGGCGAGAAGAUGCCGCCGCUCAAGUACCGCCGCCCCGUCGCCCCGGAGCACAAAGCACACCUCGAGUCGUUCGACUGGGCAAAGGCCUGGCGCCGAAAGAGCACCGCCAGCAUAUACUCGCCCAUGGGGUCCCGCAUGCCCUCGAGGAAGAGCAGCUUCUCGUCGUUCCGCACACGGAGGAGCGUCCGCAGCGUGCACGGCAGACGCAGCCAGAGCAAACCUCGCCGCGCUGACGACUACCGCGAGAACGACAGCGGCAUCGGGGCCAGCUUGAGCGGCGACCACCAGCUGAUCGAGGACAGCGACGACGAGGGCGACAUCACGAAUGUCGGCCUCUCGCGCAACCCAACCGAAGACCCCAAGCGCCCCCGCAAGUCCUCUGUAUCCUCCAACGGCUCGCGCCCGCCCACCGCCGACCGGACGCGGCGUCCUUCGGCCGCCACCGAGACCCCCUUCGACCCGGAAGACCUCGAGGCUGCGCUCCAGAAAACCACGCUCGACACCACCCAAGAGGAAAGCGAGCGCAGCGGCACCAUCAGCCCGCCGAACCCCUCGGACGCGUUGACCGAGCCCGUCCAGACGCUGCCCGAGCCCGACCACGGCCCGGAAUUCUACGACCGAUUGCGCCCCAGGGAACGGCUCAUCGCCUUCGACGACGACCACACGUUUGAAAGUAUUUCUGACCCGCCCCGAGCCGGCACGUACUGAGCUCACACACUGCUCAGAAUCCACCUCGAGCGAGACGGCGCGUCCGCGGCUGCGCUGGACGAGCACGAGUUAGAUCUACGAGGGACAUGAUUGAAUUGGACAUGUUGGAUUGCUUUUUUGCUUGCAUUUUGCAUUGGAUUGGGUGGGUUUGGGUAAAGGUGGGUUGGCAACCUCCAUGUCAUGUUUGCAUUAGCCGACGGCGUUAUCAUGGCGGGCGAUCGAUGCCUGCUAAGGAGUUUGGGCGGUUGUCUGCAUACCGACAUAUUCAUCAUGUUUUUUCUUUCUUGAAUGGGGGACGAGGGUGGAAAGACAGGAGGGCAAAGUACCUAAGACCGUGCUAUGGGUCGUACCGCAUGCGUAUAGACCGCAUUGAAUCGAAGAGUUACAGACG